AUGUCUUUCACAUUAACCAAAAAAGAGGUUAGAGCUCACCCAUACAGAGUUAAAGGUAGUACUUUACUAGAAAACGACACAAAUGACUUGAAAAUUGUUUACCACAAAUAUAAAACCAAUAGUCCUCCACCCAAACCUGUGAAUCAACUAAGAUUUAACUUGAUCUUUUGCCAUGGAACUGGUUUUAACAAGUCAAUUUGGAAAUAUCACAUUAAAAAAUUAUAUCAAUUAUCACAAUCAAUGCAAGUUCCAUGGUUUUUAGAUUCUGUCAUUGCGAUUGAUGCAUUAGGCCAUGGUGAUUCAGCUUUGGCUAAUGCUGGAAAAUUGGGUCCGGUGUUUGCAUGGGAUGAUGGAGCAAAAGAUGUUUUGGAAGUUAUCAAACAUGAAAUCGAAACAACUGGUGAUUUCCAAAAUAAUGCUGAGUCCAGGAACGUUAUAGUAGGACAUUCAAUGGGUGGAUUUAUUGCAUUAUAUGCAGCCUUCUUAGAAGCUUCGUUAUUUGAUUCUGUUAUUCCAAUUGAAGCUGUGUUUUACGGACAAAUAGAUGGCUUAGACAAAUUCAAAAAAAUUUUUAAUAAAAUCAAACAAAUGAUGAUUGAUACUUUUGAUUCACAUGAAGAUGCAUUGUUUUAUUUUACUAAAUUUUCAUUCACAAAAAAAUUUCAAAAAGAAGUCAUGAAAGAUUAUCUUGAAGACGAAUUAAUUGAGGUAAAAGAUCCAGAAACUGGUGAUGUUCAAAUUAAGUGUAAAUGUAAUAAGCAGUAUCAAGUAGCAGGCUACUUUGGAGCUUUUAUAUCUAUCUCAAAAGGAAUGUUGGCAUUACCAAGUAUAAAAGUUCCUAUUUUACAUGUUAUAGGUGCUAAAGGAGCUUGGAAUCCACCAGAAAGUACCUCAUGGAUAAGAGAAACUAUAUAUCCAAAAUACUUUGCUGGUGGAGUUGACAUUCCAAACGGUGAACAUUUAGUCAACGCCGAACAACCAGACGAUAUAGUUGAUACCAUCGCAACCUUUUUGACUCAAAGGAACGAUCAAUACAAGAAAGAAAAAUCAGAGGAGCCAGAAUCCGUUUUCAAAGGCGAUAAGGAAGCUAUUGCCAAUCAAGAGUUUUCCAAGUUGGUUGAUGAUUUAGAUUUGGAUAACAUUUAUGGUUUUGAGUUGGAACGUCGUGACUUAUUUAAUAGAGGUCUUAAAGCUAAAAUCUAA